AACAGUAUAUGAUUCGUAUCAACUGAAUCAGCUCAGGUUACACGCAGAAUUAAUCAGUUCCAAAGUUGUUAACGUAUAUUCCUGUUGAAGCUUUUUGCUGGCUUUGGAGGCGGUUAAGUUGGUGUUUCACAAACGAAAAACGACUCACGGAAAUUGGAAAUCGUGAUGUUUCUGGCUUAUCUUUUAAUCCGGGUUUUGUUCGUGUAUGCAGUGACGCAGUUUGUCAGCUCAGCAAACGCCCGAAAUCCAAAUAGAUGCGACUCUUCACUGCAACAAAGUAACAACAAAGUUAUUGUGAGCUGGUUUAUCAACAUCAGGGCUUUUACCCCUGAUCCUUAUACAGAUUUAUGUUUUGGAAAGGCCUCUAAAGGAAACCCCUUUUCGAUCUUGUGCUGGAACAAAGCUGCAAACUCCAUUACGUUUUCUAACCACAGUGAUACGUUGUCGUCCUGUGACUGGUGUAAGACCUUCGUUACAAAUCCGCAAGCACUAGAGCAGCCUGAUGGUUCUGUCCGGGUGUCCGUGGAGGUGGCCCUGGAAGGAAAUUUUGGCCAGUUGGUAUAUUGGUAUAUAGUUUGGGACGGCGAACACAACAGGUUAAUCAAUGAAAUGCUCUUCUGCAUCUAUAGAGUAGAAAGCUUUAACUGUGGCAAGAAACCACCUCUUCCUAGGAUAGUUCGCGGAACAAACACCAUCCCAGGGGAGUGGCCUUGGCACGUGUCUCUAAAAAAACAGGGACACUUUUGCGGUGGCUCAGUGAUCAGCCCGCGAUGGAUCGUGACAGCGGCUCACUGCUUUGACGGAAAGGAUCCAAAAGAUGUCAGCAUUGUUGCAGGAAAAUAUCACCUUUCAAGAACAGACGGUUUCGAGCAAGAACUUCGCAUCAAAAGGCUUUUCAAACAUCCUCGAUAUAACGUGACCUGUAAGCUCAACUACGAUGUGGCACUACCGUUUGAACUCAUCUUUAGGAAGAAACACCAAGUUAUACCAAGCACAGCGACUUUCUACAUGAUUGAAUUACUUAGUUGUAUAUAGAGCUCGUUUCAUUUCUGACCUGUUCA